UGUGUAAUUGUUGUUUCAAAGUUAAUUUUGCGUACGUUAAAAAUAUGAAAAGAGGACCAUAUAAACGAUUUUUGGAAGAUGAAAAUAUUUUAAUUCCAAGAACAACGCGACGUCCGCGUCGUUUAAAUGAGAAUAUAGACGAAAACGAAGAACAUCGUCAUGUUGAUGUAGGCAUUGGUGCAGGCGAUAAUGAACCAACAAACGACGAAAAUCAAAUCAUAAUUGGUCGAGGAAAAUAUAAAUUAUAUGUUGAGGACAGCAACAUUCCAGUUCCACAGAGAACGCAAUACAGAAGGAGUCAAAUUUAUCAAAAUAUAGAAGAAAACAUACAGGAUCAUGCAAUUUGUAAUGCUAGAGUAGAUGAUGAGAAUGAUAAUGACAUUGUCGACAAUGUCAAUCAGGAUGAUCAAGUAGAUUACGUAAUAAUUCCACAGGAUGCUCAAGAAAAUACAAGUGAAAAUGAUGAAGAUGACAACAGCGAUUGGAGUAACAAUGAACAUAUUGAAAAUGAGAAUAGAAUAGUAGACAAUGAAGAUAAUGAAGAAAUUCUGAAUUCCCAUCCUGUUGGUCCACAGGAGAGAGUUCCUUUGUACAACGACUGCAAUCUGACGCAAGAAGAAAGUGAACUACUUAUUAUGGGCUUCGCAGUUAGACAUGGACUAUCAGACUAUGCACUCGACGAUUUACUUAAACUUAUUAACUGUCAUUUACCACGUACGCAAUAUAUUUCAAAAUACUUGUUCUUAAAAAAAUUUUCACCUGCAGUGAAGACUAUAUUCCACUUUUACUGUCCUCAAUGUAAAAAUAGCUUACAAUUUGCUGAUGGAAGACUUAUCGAUCGAUGCGAAGAUUGCAAUAAUGAUUUUAAGAAAGAUGAUUUAAAAAAAGCAGGAAAUUUUUUUUUACAUAUCCCAUUAGCUGAUCAGUUAAGAGGAAUAAUGAAUAGUAAUCUUUAUUACAAACUUUCGAAAAAUAGAUUCAAUGAAAGCGACGUUGUUAAUGGACGAGUGUAUCGUAAAUUAGUUAAUAGAGAAGUAAUAGGUGAACACGAUAUAACGUUGCAGUUAAAUACUGACGGAGUAGCGCUUUUUAAUUCUUCAAAAAUGUCGAUGUGGCCUAUUCAGGUUGUAAUAAAUGAAUUGCCGUAUCGCCUCAGAAGACAAAAUGUAAUGUUGUGUGGUUUGUGGUACGGAACUGAUAAGCCAGUUAUAGACCUUUUUAUGAAACCUUUCGUAGACGAAUUAAUCAUUCUUCAUAAUGAGGGUAUGAAAUGCAUCACACCGGAACAUCCAGAAACAAUAAACAUAAAAGUACAUACCCUUAUUGCAUCCGUAGAUUCGGUAGCAAGACCACUAUUACAAAACUUGAAACAAUUUAAUGGAGAAAGUGGAUGCUCUUUUUGUUUAAAGAAAGGAGAUAGAAUACCAUUUGGAAGAGGGUACACUCGAGUCUACUGUGGUGACAUAGGUGUACCUCGUACUACGUUGCAGCAUGAAGCUGAUUGCGAAGAGGCAAUUGAAACGAAUGCAUGUGUACGCGGAGUGAAAGGACCCUCUAUAUUAAUGAAGCUACCGGUUUUUAAUAUUAUAAAUUCAUUUGUGCCUGAUUACAUGCAUACUGUGCUUUUAGGCGUAACGAAAACGUUUGUAUGCAAUAUUUGGUUCGAUCCGGCUAACAAAGACAAAGAAUGGUAUAUUGGAAAUAAAAUGAUAGAAUUCGAUAAAAAUCUAUGCAAUAUAAAACCACCUUGUGAAAUAACUAGAGUUCCACGAUCGAUAACUGAAAGACAAUUGUGGAAGGCUUCCGAAUGGAGAAACUUUCUUUUAUAUUAUUCAUCUGCGUGCUUGUUCAAUUUAAUGCAUCGUACAUACAUAAAACACUGGUCCCUGUUAGUUUUCAGCAUGCAUAUUUUCCUGAAGGACAAAAUUACGGAAAAUGAAUUCUAUGUAGGCGAAAGAUCGUUAAAGAAAUUUGUUUUCCAAACAGAAACUUUGUAUGGACAAGAGUUCAUGAAAUUUAAUGUCCAUUUGCUAUUGCAUAUUCCAAUGUCAGUAUCUGCUUUCGGUUCAUUGUGGGCUCAUUCAGCAUAUCCUUUUGAACAUUAUAAUGGAAGACUAAAAAAAUUAUAUCACAAUACUCAAGCUGUACCAAGGCAAAUAUGCAAAACAUAUUUUAGAUUAAAGACUGUAGAUAGAAUAAGCAAUAAGAUUUUUAAGGAUGAAAAUUGUACGGUUCGUGGGAAAUUGCUCUUUAAUAAAAUGUUUGGACCUCAUAAAAUAAAUUCUUGCGUUGAAUAUGGACCACAUUUACGAUUAUUACAACCAUCUUCCAAUAUAUCAUUAAAUAUUGUACAGCAGGCAUGUAUUAUACAAUUAUUGCAGGAAGAAUUAGUGUCCGCCGAUAAUAUUCAAUUGUAUAAGCGUUUUAUUUUUAAAAAUAUUUUAUAUCAUUCAGUUGACUACGAACGUUUUACGAAAAGAGAAAACAGUGUUAUUCAAUUGACAAAUGGAGCUUAUAUUAUGAUACAAAACAUUUGUAUGGUUCAAAAAAUUAAUUGUAACGAGGACAUUUAUGUAAUUUUUGGACUAAAAUUAUUACCAUUAAAUUUAGAACUGGCAAAAGAUUCACAAGUUAAUAAUACUUCUACAUUGUAUAGUAGUAUUGUACGAAAAAGCGAUGAAAUAAUUUGUAUUUUGCCUACAUCAAUUAAACGGAAAUGUAUUAAAAUGAAUUAUAAUAUGCGUGACGAUCAUUAUAUUGUAAUGCCGCUUGUCAACCUAAUGGAAAUUGACUGAAUUAUUUAUGUAGUAUUGUAUUAUUACACGGUAUUUUGUAAUUAUUAUUGUAUAGUACUUUUAAAAUUAAAAAUACUUUGUGCUAUUUAUAAUACAAAAAAUAUUCCAUUUUAUAAGUAUUUGACUAAUUCCUUUUGAAAUCAGAUAAGAAAAAAUCAAUCGUUUUUUAAAUUAAUUAAAAAUUUUAUUAAUUCGAAUAUAUGCAAAAAAGUGAGGACGUGUUUUUGUUUGUUCAAAAAAAUUUAUUUACCGAAAUACGAGUUAAUUUUAACGAAUAUUUGUAUUUAAUUACAAAAUACGAUAUGUCCGGUUCGACUUAUCGUAGUGAUGAAGAAAAUGUCAUUUUAAAGCUAAAAUUAUACACUUUAAUAAACAAUUUUUCUUAUGAAAAACAUCAAUUAUUAUUAAUAAAAAAUUAAACUGUUAAAUAUUUUUUUUAACAGAAAGCGACCUAUUUGAAAAAUUUGGAAAAUAUACAUUUAUAUACAAUUCUAGACAAAAUAAAAACGUUCAAUACGUUACAUUAUGUCCUAUUUUAUACUGAUUUAAAUUUGGACCGCAUUUUAAAUUUAAUUCAGUGCAAAAUAAAAAAAUGCUUUGAAAUCUUAAGUUUUAAAUAAUUGAUCAAUAACUGCAGUUUCCAAUAUUCAACAAUAGUAACUAUCAAUAUUUAUCUGCAGUAUUCAUCAAUACUUGUCUAUCUCUAAUAUUUAAGUAUUGAUCAAUACCAGUUUCUAAUAUUCAGUAUUCACCAAUAGCAACUAUCAAUACUCAGUAUUCAUUAAUACUUGUCUAUCUCUAAUAUUUAAGUAUUGAUCAAUACCGUUUCUAAUAUUCAGUAUUCACCAAUAGUAACUGUCAAUACUCAGUAUUCAUAAACACUUUGACUAUCUAAUACUUGAGUAUUGAUCAAUACCAGUUGCCAAUACUCAGUAUUCUCCAAUAGUAACUGUUAAUACUCAGUAUUCGUCACUACUUAACCUUUACCAAUACUCAAGUAUUCACCAAUACUGACAUGCAAUACUCAGUAUUACAACUUGAAUACUGAGUAUUGAAAUCUCAAUACUCAGUAUUGAGCCUCAAUACUUAUUUUCCGUGAGGGUAUCCUUUAUUUAUUUUUGUAUUACGGUUGCGUUUCAAAAUUCACUGUUAGUAUUGUAAAACUACAUUAUAGGUAACGUCUACAGUAUACGAAACUAUAGAUUUCUAGUACUAACAGUGAAUUUCGAAACGCAGAAUGCCAAGAAGUUCAAGCCAAAGCAGAUAAUCUGCUUGCAGAGUUGUAUUUGACAGGAAACCUAACCUAUUAUCGCUUAGCUUAGAUUCAAUCCAAUCGAUCGAUAAACAGAUCGAUUGCUUCGUCCGACUUGAACACUGCCAUCUGUCAAAAUACAGGGCAACUAAUUUUCUCUUUCUUCUGCUGCAAUCAGCUGAGAUAUACCGGCAUCGGACCGGACAUAUGCUCACAAAUUUUUGCAGACAAAAAUCUUUUUUUUUAGACUUCUAAGCCAAAUUUUGAAAAAUCUACGUUGUUCCGGCAUCUAAUUUGGAACUCAUAGUACACUCACUUUAUACGAAAAGACCGUUAAAUAUUUGUAUGAAGCGAAUAUUUGGCACCCGUUGACACUCUAGAUUACAGAGCCAGUUAAGAUUAGAUAAAAAAGAUAUAAAUUCAACGUUUUCGGCAUAAAGUGAAUUACUAUGAGGUCCAUUAAUGUCUAUACUUUCAUUGACGAGAAGGAUUUUGAAAUCUGUAAAUGCAAUUACAAGAAUUUUGUCUGCAAAAAUUAAUCGUGUUUAGUCGGUAAAAAAGGACCAUGUUAAGCAUCCCCUUAAGAAAGAGCACUGCUCUCUCGCUCCCUCCCAUAUACGUGCGCUCUCACUCCCUCCCCAUACGCUUGCCCUCUCGCUUGCAAUGUUCUCUUUGUCGUGCUGAUUGCAUCUUAGAGGGGGUGAUGCCACCUCGCGGUGUUAGCAUAGAUGAUGGAAGCGCACGUGCAUUUACUUUCUCGCUCCCUCCCGUAUUGCGCUCUCACUCCCUUCCCGUACGCUUGUCCUCUUGCUCGUACGCAUCUUAUUAUAAUCUCGUACGCUUGCCCUCUCGCUCGUAUGCGUCUUAAGCAAAGUGCUCGUUCGCACACCAAUGCUAUAAUCGCACGGUCGCACACUAACGCUAUAAUCGCACGGUCGCACACUAACGCUAUAAU